CGAAGCGCCAGCGCGCGGAAGGCAUCGCUUCGCAGACCUCGUGAGCCAUGGCUUCGUACAAGGAGAAAGAGCCUUUCGGUGACUGAGUCAACGACGCACAGGAGGAGGGGAGGGCAGGAAGCACUCAGACAGGAAGAUACCAUGAGAACAAGGCAGCCGCAGAUUCCAUGCUGCUGGUGUUGUCUCAUGUGUGUGUCGUGUGUGCGUGAUGUGUUGAAUGCAGAGAAGCGGUGCCAGGAGUCAGCCCGGAUACUGGAGAAGUACCCAAACCGCAUCCCCGUCAUUGUCGAGAAGGGCAAGCGGACCUCCCUGCCGCAGAUUAGCAAGACCAAGUAACCACCGACCACACAACACACUGCCCCCCUCCAUCUUCUGACUCCAUCAUGUGUGUCUGCAGGUUUCUAGUGCCCAAGGAGAUGACGAUAGCAGAGUUCUGCGCCAUCAUCCAGAAGCACAUCAACGACCAGGGCGACGAAAGCCCCACCGCACAGCCCGACAACGCCGCCGGCCGCACCAGCCCCGCCACACCCGACGCCUCACACCGACGUCGUGCACACCAGCAGACGCUGUACCUGCUGUGCAAGGGUGUGUGGACCGAGCGCGGCAGCAAGAUGUCCGAGGUCUUCGCAAAGUACAAGGACGAUGAUGGCUUCCUGUACUUCACCUACAUGGCCGAAACGGUACGCGAAUGAUUCAUGUCGGGAGGCCCUUACAGAAGCAUGUGCCUCGUCUCUGCUUCUGUGUCUGUCGUGGCGUGUGUUCGAUUCAGGUGUUUGGCUGCUGAGUGGUGGUGGCAUUGGUUCGCGGCUGACUUUUUUCAUCGACUGCAAAGCGUGCCAUUUUUCACUGAGCACUGAUCCACUCGCUGUACAGUAAGAACGAGGAAGGCCCGCACACCCAGGCACGCCACACAUGUCAUGCGCACACGCAUACGCACCUGGAGGGAAGAGCAGGCCGUUUUCUCUCCCAGAACGGGGUGUGUCCACGAGUGCAUGAAUGUAUGACUGACUCUCAACACACACGGCGACUGACUAAAGACUGCAAUGACGGCGUGUUCGGGGGAAAAAAGGCUGCUGUGAUGGCCUUUUGUGCACUGCCGACCUGGUUGGAGUGUGUGAAGAGGCGAUCGGCCGCAAAGCGAGAUGGAUGUAUUCUACUUGUAGCGAGGGGUCGAACAUCAUGAUGGCUUGAUGGCUUGUGUGUGUCUGUCUGUGUGUGUGUAUGUGUGUAUGUGUGUCUGUGUGUGUGUGUCGUUACGUGCUGUCUACCUGCUGGUUGCGUCGCUGUGGCUGGGUGGCUCGACUGGCCUGACAAGACAUACACGUGCUUGUCAGAAUGGUUGAGCGCUCAGCCGGAGGGCCGACAACCAAUCGGUUGGAGCACUGGAAGACCAGCUCGUUGUGCAUGAGCCGACAAUGUGCGAAUGAAAGCGAAUAAGGGGG